GACAACAACUGGGCUGUUUUAUUUUUUCUGGCCGUUUUUUAAUUGUGAAUGUCUGGUCAUUGAAAGAAGAUGGGUAGGCCGAAAUAUUUUACCCCUAACGAAGUUUCUAUACACAAUACUAUCGAUGAUAUUUGGGUGUCGUUUUUGGGUAAAGUUUUUAACUUGACUCCACUCUGUGAAAAGUACAAAGGUGAUGUUUUAUUGAAGCCUAUUCUGUUAUCUGCUGGUAAAGAUAUUUCUAACUGGUUUAAUCCCAAAAAUAAAGAUAUCCGAACACAUGUUGAUCCUCUUACAGGUUGUAUAAUACCCUAUUGUCCUAACGGUAGAUUUAUACACAUUCCCCCACCCUACCCCUCCUCCGACUGGGCCAAUGAUUUCGGUCGACCAUGGUGGAAAGAUGAUUCUUAUGUUGUGGGAAUUUUAUCCAAGAAAACCAGAUUUAUUAAAAUAAUCAACACUUUAACUUCACAAGAUCAAGUUAUAGAGGUUUGUUCGGAAGAGAAUAUGUCUGAGAUAUUAGAACGUUAUUUAAAAUAUAACCUUCACGCUGGAAGUUAUACAUGGAAAUAUGAUGGUCGUAAUUUAGAUAUGAAUAAAUCACUAGAAGAGAACAAUAUUCCAGAUGAAGAUGAAGAUUUCUAUAAACUCAGUAUGAAUGAUGAUACUUUCUUACAGGCAAUACAUCUUUAUUUUAACGAUGAUUUAACUGAACAAUAACUCCAGUAAAAUUCAGAAACACUGAGAAGCACUGUCGGGGAUAAUCAGGAACUAUUGGAAAACACUAAAACAGUAAAAUUGCAUUCACAAUUAGCCACGUUUUGUGGGUUGUUUUUAAUAUAAUGAGCUACUGAAUUGAAUGACAGAUGAAACUUAUUUUAGUAUUUGUUAACAGAGACCAGGGGAUUGAAAAUUUGAUAACAAUUUUAAUGGGGUCAAUUCUCCUGUCAUGUCAAAGAGAAAAUAUUUGUUUUUUCAGAUCGGACAUCUAUUAUUAUAUUUGUGUUGUAUAUACAAACAAUAUUUAUAAAUAAAUCGGUUU